AUGCAGACAACAUUUGCACUUAGACGGCAGGAGAUUGUACCUGGGGAUAAACCUAUAAAGGACCACCUCACCCGAUGGCCAGCUUUAUUGAUGGAAUCACAGAUUUUUGCUGAGUUUCAUCGAAUUACCAAUGUGAAUCUCUGCAAAACAUUCUACGCAGAGCUUGACCGGCAUACUCAGACACUGAUUGGACUAUACAGAAAGAAGGCUUCCUGCACGGGAAAGAUAGCUGAGGCCCUGCAGCUAAUUCUCAGAGAAUACGACUUGCAGGAGAGACAAGAUGUGAAUCUGAGGCGCACCCUUGUUCUUCGAGCCCUGUCAAUCUACUUGAAAGAGGAUGACUCGGACUUAUUCAAAAGGUUUGGGCAAGAUGAGGAGUCAGACCUUUCGCAAUGCCCCCUUGCUCUUCAGUUGGCAUCCCAAGAUGUCUUUGGAGGAGGAGCCGUCUCGAUUAUUCUUGAAGGCAGCGUUGUGAUGGCCGAGAUUUCAAAUAUGCUAGACGCCUUUCUUCUGCUUUUUGGACUGAUCUUUGUCUUCAAUAUGGAGUACCCCAAGAAACUUGUGAACACUUUCAACUUCAUCCAAAAAAUCCUGUCCGAGAACAGCCCGGUCAGAGAGGGUGCUGUGGCCACAGCCUCCUGUUUGUGCAGCGCUGUAGUCAUUGAGUGGAAGAAGAGCGGACGUGCUCUGAUGCUGUGA